AUGAAGCUUCGUCUUCUAGACGGUGAACUGACGAUGGCGAUUUGGACGGUGAGGAUGACCAAAAAGAUGGGCAGGAAUGAAGUUGGUGCCCGAUUUCAGCAACCUCUGAAGUCGUCAGCUCAACAUCUUGCCUGCAAGUCUCCGUCAGAGAAGAAGACUUCUGGAUGUCAUGGCGAACGGGCCAAGAAGCGGGAUUACACUGAAUUCUUUUAA